UGUCGAGACCGAACGUUCAGUUCAUGGCACGCUAACGUUGUUGAGUGCUACGUGAUUUUCCAUUCAGUUCAGCGGUUAGCCCCAGCAUUCUGGCAUUGUUAGAGUCGGUAACAAAGAACAUGUCUUAUUGGUCUUCAGUUACUUUCCACCGAGUGUGAACAAUGUGAAACAGACAAGUGAACGUAUGCUGUAGCUGUGUGGAGUCAUAUGGAACAGGAAAAAUAUGUCCAUCGCCUGCGAAACAUUUGUUCAGAAUGCUUGGAAGAAAGAUUUGUGUUCUAACUGUUUCAAGAGCGUGUCUGAUCACUGUUUAGAUCAACAGAACUAUUCAGAAAACAAAAACACUAGUUAUAUGUCAAAUUCAUGUCUUGCCUACCAAUCAUCUAGCAGUUCUUAUAUAAAAGAUCGAAUACUCGUCGAGACGUCUAAAAAUUCUCAAAAUCAAAACAUCGCGCAACUCAAAUUAAAAACAUUCGGCCCUGGUGUGAGAAACACUCAAAAUGAGUUGCACAAAGAAAUAUCUCAUCAAUUUACUAAUAACGAGGUAGUUGUUAAAAAAGGUGAAAAUCUUGAAGCUUCCUCUUCUUUCUUAAGAAUAUUAAAGGAUCAGAAGAAGAGAGAAACAAAGAAGACUGCGGUUUCCUUUGCAGAAGGACCGAUUGAAAUUAUUGGUUACGGAGGAAAUGAAUUUGACUCUGAUGAUGAGUGGGAUCUCGAAUCGUGUGUCAGUGAUAUUGACUUGGAAAGUUUGGAUGUAACUGAAGAGGAUAAACUUACUACUAAACUGACAAAAGAAAACACAGAAUUUAAUUCAACUCAAAGAAACCUUUUGAACAAUAACAGCUCCCAGCAAGAACCUCUCUCUUUCAAACAAGAAUCGUUGAGGGGCACUUUUCAUUAUCAAGAUAACACCGAAACCAAACAGAAUAAAACUGAAAAAUGCUCCUUAUUGAACUCUAAUUCAAAUGCAUACCAAAAUCAACAUGUUGAAAAAUUCCAAAGGUCAUCACUUGAUUCGCAUUCACAACGAAGACGAGAUCCACUUCCUAGGGCUUCGGUUAAGCCUUUUAUAAAACAGGCAUCUUGGUCUAGUGGGCACGAAAUUAAGUCAACAGAGCAGUUUAAUAAAAUAGAAAUUACAUUUACCACCUCAGAUGAUAAAUCAAUAGAGAAAUCAGUGACUGGUAUUUCCAAUAAAAACAACGACCCCCUUUAUAGAAACGACCAGCUGCUUGAAACUAGAAGUAACGAAUUACCACACGCAUCAGAUAAUGUUUUAGAAUCACUACCAACUCACGGUAACUUUCAUGAACUUUCCAGUUUUGAUUUGGAGCAACCACAGUCGUUACCAACUAUUAGCCAUAAAGAAUACCCUUCCCAGUAUUAUAACCAAACAUCGUUUUCUCUCGAGAGUGUAAAAUCUCUAAAGACCGACUUUUCAUCGUUUAAUUUUCCCUCUACUGAAGCUGUUAUGAUCGAAAGAAGUGACAAUAGGUCAUUUAAUUUUCCACAGAGUGAAGACCAAAUUGGUCUUAAAGAAGUUCCUCGUGUGUCUUUUCUUCACGGUAUCGGAAAAAAACUGUCAAAGGAUUUAUUUUCAGAUAAAAUAUCUGAAGAUAAGAAAAGUGACACUGAGUGCCCCGAGAGUGGUCAACAAUGUGUUAAAGGCACACUGUCAGCUGUUACAGAUACAUCACCUCGUGUUUAUUCAAAUGUGGAUAAACAUAGCAACACUUGCAGAGAAAUCUUAUCUUCAGUUUCCAAGGUGAAGAAUACUUGUUGGGGAAAAAAUAAAUCUAUCGAAAGCGCAAAGACGACCACAUCGACCGCUCAGGACGUUAGUAUCCGAGUACAAGAAAAUAUGCACAAUGUUGUUUCUAAUACGUCGGAUUUUAACAACAGCGAUUCUCGUUUUUUAGACAGCUCCUCUAAUCUAGAUUCUGGUCACAAAAAUGAACGCAAAGAAAAGCUUGCUGCUUUAGCCGUUGAACUCGAAAAAGUUCGCAGUGAACAUAUUACCAAAAGAAAAGCACCGCCACCACCAAAGACACCGGAAAUUUGUUUUGAUUCCGAAAUUACAACUACUCGGGAAUCGAACAUUAAACAAGAAGUCGAAAUAUGCACACAGAUACCUGACUACAGAAAUAAUUCUAGUCCCCUUUCUUGCGUAAAAAGAGAGGGUAAUUACUCGGACACUAGAAAAUUGAAUUCAAAAGAAUUCAUCAACAGUCAAGCUUUGUCCAAACCUAUCGGUAAUCAAUGGCAACGAAGGAAUUCAACGGGAUCAGAAGAUAGCACGUGCACCAAAAUGAAAAAAAGUAAGUUUUCGCUAAAGAGGUUCAUUAAAAGAGCGAAUGAUUCGAAAUUAAUAAAAGUAACACCUACCAAAAAUGUCAUAUUAUCAUCUCAGGUCAAAACGUUAAAAGAGGAAUAUAAUUUUGACAAUAAUUUAACGCACCCAUCUUACAAACUGUCCAAAAACAACCAGAUUACUUCAAACUCGGUUUGUGAUUCUUCUGGCGCUUGGGAGAAGAAAAAUCAAAGUCCAUCUCAAACUAUUGUGAAUAAGAAGCAAGAAGACAAUCAGCAGAAGGACGUGUUGAUUAAUCAACGUGACACUCGGAUGGAGAAAGAAUAUAAUAAGCACGAUGGAGUUACAAACAUGGUGUUGCAGAGGUUCGAAGAAAGUGAAGCCACCUUCUCUUCGCUGCCUUUCAUACCGUACUCCAAUACGACAUCGUUGACACCUCCCACACCUGAAGAAAAUGUAGAAGAGUUAGCUACAACGCGGCCACCAAGACCUCCUCGCCCCUUCAUUAUUCCAAGAAAGACGACCAACAGUACUGGCCAGCUAAUGCCUACUAAGCCCCCACCUCCAGCAGUUAAGACCAGGGAAAAGGCAUCUAAAGGGAAUUCAACAGUUAAGUCAAAUCAAGAUAAACCACAACCAUCUCUUAGACACAGUCAAUCUAGCGUGCAAUCUGACUAUGCUAAUCUUGGUGAUGUUAGGUCAAACUUGGCGCCCAAAAAGCCGGAAAGAACUUCCAUAUUUACAAAUAUGCAAAAUACUGAAGAAAAUGUCGAGUGUCAACAAUUAAAUACCCAACAAAAGUACGGUCUGCGUGAAGAGUUUGGGGGCAAUAACAAAAAUGAGCAACUUGGUGAUGAGCUAUGUCAAGACUCAAAUAAUCAGUUUCCACCAGAUACAAACAAAUUUUCAACUCCAGAUAGAUCACCUAGUGAGGACAGUGGGUCAUCCUCCUGGAGAAACCUACAGAAAAGUUAUGCUACAGUUACAGCUUCCUGUCAGGAAGCAUUGGUAGCUCUUCUUGACCAGGCUCUCAAGAUCAGGACCACUCUAUUGAAAAAGCCUGAUGGAAGAAGUUUAAAAUGGACUGAUUUUGUAUUAGAGUGUAAUGAACCGGUUUUGCUACCUGGUGGACGGUUGUGCUAUCAUGGUACUUACCAGCAUGACUCUAGCGUUAAUCUAACUUUAGUGGUAUGUUCUUCAAAUGUAACACCAUCUUGCAGCCAGAAACCUUUAAGUUAUCCCAUUCUAGAGCAGUUUUAUGACGUGUUACCAAGAUCCCAUUACCCAAACCCUCCAGCCCAGUUCUCACUGAGACAUGUUCCAGUUUUGGUAAAUGUUUUGAUCAGGGCUGAUGUGUUUCCUCUCCAAACCUGUCCUCUUACGAAAGGUUCGAGUGUUCCUCAAGUAAAAGAAACCAUCACUGAACGCGAAUUGGGUUUUCUUCUUCUUCAAGUAAUUCAAGCUUUGAAAUCUGUGCAAACAUCAGGAACGGAGGCUAUCAAUAUAAAAAGUGAAGAUUUCAUGGUUGUUCAAACAAAGCACGACCAGCAGAGUCACAUCUUAGUUCUUGGCCAACUCUUGUCUGACGAAACGGAGAGUCUCUUCACCAAAUUACAAAAUAGUGUUGACGAUGACAAAGUCUCCCUCUGCCAAUUCGCCCAGAAGACCUUACUCAAAUUUCUUGGCGUGGCCACAAUUUCAGAAAUUAAAUGCUCCUCUCGAAUUAUACUAGGGCCUAUCUCAGCAACGACUUUCAGCAAUGUAGCUAAAAUACUUGAUCAAGAAAAAUCGUAUUCCUUAUCUCAUGCAAAGGCACUUUUGGAAUUUCUAUUGUGGGGUCCCGAAAUGAAUCAAUUCAGUAAAACCGCUGAACAGGAAGAAGUAGAGCAAUUCUUGCAGCAAUGGCUAGAUAUUCAACGUGCUGAAAGUUUGAAUGCACUAACGAACACACUUUCUAUUCCUUUAAAUAUUUAUGAAGAAAAACGCUUGUUGUUUUUGAUUCGCACUAAUUGUAAAGUAUUGAAAGAACUUUGGUUAAUGUUAAAUGAUAGCACUUUAUAGUUAGAAACACUUUAGUUGACAAAUCAUGUUUAUAGUGUAUAUAUUAACAUUUGCAAAAUCUAGAACGAGUUUUGCAUUGCUUA